UCGGAUAAGAAGCGAUGCAAGUGUUUGUGGAUGUGAUCAUGGAGCUGUAAGCCUGUAAAGGUGUUCUUAUAACCCCUGGGGCCGGAAGCCAGCGGGCAUCCAACUCUCACGCACCAUUGUGCCGCUAAACGAAGCAGAGAAGACUGCAGUUUUGUGCUCGCCGGCAAGCAGAGCUGCAGAGGUAACGAGGGCUUAUGCCUGUCGAUCAACCGAUGAAAUUCACAAUGUGUGUGCUGUUGGUACUGUUCCUGUUGUCUUAUGGAAUUGGCAGCUCGUUUUGCUCAACAAUCCCAGACAACAGCACGGAUAUGCUCGCGUUACUAGAUUUCAAGAAUGCCAUCACGAAUGACCCUGCGGGAGUAACCUCGAACUACUGGAAUGAAAGUACUCCCUACUGCCAGUGGGAGGGCAUCACGUGUAGCCAGAGGCACCCAGGGCGAGUCACCAUGCUUAAGCUCGCCGGGCACGGUUUGUCAGGCCCAAUUGCAGCUUCUAUAGGAAACCUGAGUUUCUUGCGAAUACUAGAUCUAUCCAACAACAACUUAUUUGGACAGAUACCUCCCCUAGGUAAUCUUCCCAAGAUACAAGGCCUUAAUUUGAGCUCUAACUCCUUGGAAGGAAAUAUCCCAGAAGCUAUCACAAAUUGUUCCAGCCUAUUUAGUUUGGACCUCUCAAAGAACAUUCUAGUGGGUAAAAUUCCCGCCAAAAUAGGUCUACUCUAUAAUCUAUCCAUAUUAGUCGUGUCCUCAAAUAAUCUCACCGGGAGCAUUCCCCCAACUCUUAGUAACAUUACAAAUCAAAACGUUAUAAUUCUUUCAAAUAAUAAACUCGAGGGAACCAUUCCUCACGAGCUUGGACAACUCUCAAAGUUGACAUGGUUGUCCAUUGCUGGAAACUACCUAUCAGGUGAAAUUCCAAAGAACCUCUUUAAAAACAUGUCUUCUCUUCAAAUACUUGGCUUACAUUCUAAUAUGCUAAGUGGGACUUUGCCACCAAACAUUGGUGAUCUCCUACCAAAAUUAAUAUAUUUAUUCCUUGGUACCAACAUGUUUGAAGGUAACAUCCCAGCUUCCCUAGGCAAUGCUUCAAUGCUUCAACAGUUAGAUCUAGCGCGGAACAACUUUAUUGGCCAAAUUCCAAGCUCUUUUGGAAAACUAUCAGAUCUUCUUAUUUUAACCCUUGAGAUAAAUCAGCUUGAAGCUAGGGACAACCAAGGCUGGCAAUUCUUAAGUGCGUUGGGAAACUGCCGUUUUUUACAAUGGGUCACACUAGGUGGAAAUCAGCUUCAGGGAGUCAUACCGGAUUCGGUUGGUAACUUAUCCAACACGCUCCAAAAUCUAUAUUUGGGUGGAAAUAACCUGUCAGGGACAAUCCCCACUAGUAUUGGGAACCUUAGUGGUUUAAUUGGGCUGGGACUAGAUAUUAACAAUUUUACUGGUACAAUUGAAUGGGUAAGAAAACUAGAAAACCUACAAGUUUUAAAUCUCAACACGAACAAUUUUAUUGGGUUUAUCCCAGCUUUUAUUGGAAAUUUUACACAGUUAGGAAAGCUCUACCUGCACAAUAAUAAAUUUGAAGGGCCAAUACCACCGAGCUUUGGAAAGCUUUCACAACUCACAGAAUUGAACCUUAGCUACAACAAUCUCCAAGGGGAAAUAUCUGUAGGUACUAAUAUUCCUACACAACUUGUUCAAUUAAGUCUUUCAUCAAACAAGCUUAACGGACAAAUUUCUGAUUCUUUCAGCCAGUGUCCAAACUUAGUGACCAUUGAAUUGGAUCAUAACUUUUUCAUGGGAAACAUUCCGAUCUCUCUUGGCAAUAUUAAAGGUCUGACCUUGCUCAACCUUUCUCAUAACAACUUAUCGGGCACGAUCCCAAAAUCCUUAAGUGAUCUUCAACUUCUCAGAAGACUAGAUCUAUCGUAUAAUCAUCUGUACGGGCAAGUACCAAUGCAUGGAGUAUUUGCAAAUGCCACUGAUGUUUCACUCGAUAACAAUUGGGGACUCUGCGGAGGAGCAAUGGAUCUUAAUAUGCCUUCAUGUCCACCUGCUUCUCGAAUAACCGAACGGAAAAAUAAUUUGGUCAAAAUAUUAAUUCCAAUAUUUGGCUUCAUGUCACUAGUACUGCUGGUCUACUUUUUAUUCACUGUGAGGAAGAAGACUAGAGCAAACUAUAUGCCAGAUAUUUCCUUGGGUGAGCAAUUUCUUAAGGUUUCGUACAAUGACCUAGCACAAGCCACUAGAAGUUUCUCAGAAUCUAAUCUCGUCGGGCGAGGAAGCUGCGGUUCUGUGUACAGAGGAAAGUUGAAGGAACAGAAAAUGGAAAUAGCGGUGAAGGUUUUUGAUCUUGAGAUGCGAGGUGCUGAGAGAAGCUUCAUGUUAGAAUGUGAAGCACUUAAAAGCAUUCAGCAUCGGAAUCUUCUUCCAAUCAUAACUGCCUGUUCAACAGUAGACAGCACAGGGAAAGUUUUCAAAGCUUUAGUUUAUGAGUUCAUGCCUAACGGAAGCUUGGACACAUGGUUGCAUUACAAAGAGGACGGGAAAGCUCCAAAAUAUCUAGGCUUAAAUCAGAGAAUAAGCAUAGCUGUUAACAUAGCUGAUGCCUUGGACUAUCUGCAUCACGACUGCGGAAGGCCCACUGUCCAUUGUGAUUUGAAGCCAAGUAACAUCCUUCUAGAUGAUGACAUGACUGCUCUUUUGGGAGACUUUGGUAUUGCAAGGUUUUAUGCUGAUCCUUGGUCUGCAUCAACGGGUUCAUAUAGUUCAGUCGGUGUGAAGGGGACUAUAGGAUAUAUUGCUCCAGAAUACGGGCGUGGUGGCGAUAUAUCACCUUCUGGGGAUGUCUACAGUUUUGGGAUAGUAUUAUUGGAGAUGAUGACAGGGAAAAGACCAACUGAUUCUAUGUUCAACGACGGAUUCGAUAUCAUCAACUUUGUGGAAGGUAACUUACCACAUCAAAUAUCUCAAGUUAUUGAUGAUCAUCUCAAGGAAGAAUGCAAGGAAUUUUCUCAAGGAAGACAAGUAGCAGAAAAUACGGCAUACCAAUUAUUCUUAUCUCUGCUAGAAGUAGCAAUAUCUUGCACGCGCCCGUUACCAAAUGAAAGAAUGAACAUGAAACAAAUAGCCAGCAGGAUGCAUACAAUCAAGACGUCAUAUGAUGUAUGGAAAACUAAGUCAUAUGAGUUAUGACCGUGCGCUAUGUCCGGUACAUAGGUAACAAGUAUUUGCACUAUCCUAGAUCCACGUACGUACAUACAUGUAUGUAUGUUAUAUUUGUAUAUAUAUUUAUAUAUUUAUACAUAUGUAUAUAUAUGUGCGUAUAUGAAUAUGCAUGCGUAUGUGUGUCUAUGUACAUAUAUAUGUGUGAACUCUUCUAGUGGAAGAUCAUGGAAUCCCCUUUUGAGUUCGAUCCUGGGAGCUUGAGAGAGUUACUAGCUCGAAUGUGGUGAAGUAAAAACGUGUAAAGCAAACAUCAUGAUCAUAAGAAUAUACAUGUUCGGACCACGCAGAUGUGUAAUACUUUAUUUCUACUGUAUUCUUAUGAUUUGAUAGACUACAAGUUCACAUGACUCCAGCUAAUGGC